AUGAUGGAGCGAAAUAAAAACGAUAUGUUGACAUGCUUUUGCUGCAAAAAAUUCUAUAAUCUAUAGGAAAGGAGACCAGUUUAACUUCCAUGUGGUGAUGUACUCUGUAUGCAAUGCUAUCAUAACCAAAGAGAUUAAGUCUAAAACUAGCAAAUUUAAUGUCCCUUUGAUGCUUCACAUCUUUGUGCUAAUAAUUAACCGAUCAUUCAACCUUUGUUUCUGAUUAGAAGUCUUGAGUAGCAUGAUUUCUAUCUAAUCAAUUGUGAUAAACAUCCUAAACAAGCAUCUGAAGUAUAUUGCAAAAAUCAAAAUAAAAUGGUAUGCAGUAAAUGCUUGCAGUUUGACCCUCAUCAACAUCAUUUCUAAGAUCCAACAUAACACUUUGCUUUCGAUCCAAAAUUCUUAGAAGAGUCAUUUGAAAGAGUUUUGGCAAUUCUCAGAGAAGAAGCCAAGAUUCCUAUAGAUAAAUGA